AUGACUGGAGAGACAUUUUCCCCUGCUGAAGAAGAGACUGUUAUGCCUAGCUAUGCGAAGUUUUUCAAAGAUAUUAUAUCAAACAAACGCAAGCUGGAGGACCAUGAGACAGUAAUGCUUACGGAGGAAUGCACUGCCAGAAUCCAGAAAAAGCUCUCACCAAAACUGAAAGAUCCAAGGACAUUGUAUGAUCUCAAUGCGAGUAUUAACUUGAUGCCACUCUCUAUUUUCAGGAAACUAAGAUUGGGAGAGCCUAAGGCAACCACAUUAACUCUACAACUAGCUAAUCGAUCACUUACACAUCCACGAGGGAUUAUUGAAGAUGUAUUGGUCAAAGUGGAUAAACUCAUAUUCCCAACAGACUUCUUGAUUUUGGAUAUGGAAGAAGACAAGGACGUGCCUAUCAUAUUGGGACGACAUCAUAGAUGUACAGCAAGGACAAUUAACUCUGAGGCUGGGGGAGGAACAAGUCUCUUUUAA